AAAUCUCUGUCCCCACUAUCUCACCUGGCACUUGCCUUGUACUCACAGCUUUGCUUAGCGGUCACACAGUAUAUCAUGUCAAAUAAUAUUAAGAGCUUUUCAGUGGGAUAUUUUCCCAUAAACAAAAACAAUAUUUUCACCAGUGGUGAUUGUCUUACAGGACAAAUUACAUUAGAACUAGCAAAAGACUGCAACAUAGAUUCAAUCUGUGUGACGAUGAAGGGAAAAGCAGAAGUCACAUGGACUGAACAUUAUGGAAAAACAGUCGUAACAUACCAUAACAAAGAGAAGUACUUCACCAUCAAGCAAUUUAUCAUUCUGGAGGGCCAGGGCAAUAAUAUUGUUGGCCAGGGCUGCCAUGUCUACCCAUUCACCUUUCAGAUCCCAGCACAAGACCUGCCGUCCUCCUUCAAAGGAUCAUGGGGAAAGAUCGUAUACAAACUGGAGGCAAAUCUGAGCAGGUCAAUGAGAGUAGACAGCAAAGCUAAGGCGCAGUUUACCCUCAUCCACAAAGGAAACCUAAACAGUGAUCCGUUACUGAUGACUCCACAGCACGGUAGCACUGAUAAGAAAAUGAAGCUCUUUACAUCAGGAACAGUAGGCAUGGAUGUAAACAUUGAGCGUAAAGGCUUCCACCAAGGGGAAGGCUUAAAGAUUGUGGCCUCCAUUCAGAACAAAUCAUCUCGUGAUAUUAAGCCCAAGUACUGUUUGUAUAAGAAGUACAGUUACUUUGCAAAGGGGAAGAGGAGAGUCGAAACCAAAGACAUCCUGAAAGAGGUGGGCGACAUCAUCCCACCUUCUGCAGGCCAGACUGUCACCAGGACCAUCACCAUCCCUCCCACCACGUGUGUGUCCAUCUUAAACUGCAACAUCAUCAAAGCAGAGUACAGGCUCAGGGUCUAUCUGGAUGUCAAGUAUGCUUCAGACCCCGAGAUCAAGUUCCCCAUAGUCAUCCUGCCCGCUUCACAGGGGUCUGAUUGGGAGCAUCCGCCUGCUUAUUCUUCCUAUGGAUUUGAAGCAUUUGCAAACUCAGACAUGCCAGGAGGGACUGGCUUCCAACAAAACCCAACAGCCUCGGGACCUUCUGCUCCACCUCUACCCUAUGGGACAUAUGGGAUGUAUCCCUCCUUGACUGAUUUCCAUGGAAAAUCCUAGAAGCUCAAAUAUAGAUUUGGAAGGCACAGGGCACACUCUUUUGUAAUUCACAGUAUGGCACAUGACUGUAACUUAGGAACUACCACUAAAAAGUAUUAAACUAGUGUUUAACUGAGCAGACUUGUCUGUUCUAAAAUAUUUAGGAUAAUUAUAAGAAUCUUAAGAGUAGGAAUGAAGGGAGUUGAUUGUUUUAGGGGCUAAAAAGCAGAAAACUGUACCUUGAAUACUCCAUGAGUCACUAACAGGGAUGAUAAACUACUCUAACAAGCAUUUCAGCAGCAAGUCAAGUAUUACAGUUAUCUACAUUACCUUACAGUGUUACAGUAAUGUUUGUAGGACUGGAUCUUGUGUAGUUUUUAAAUAGAAAUCAAUACUAGAGAAUGGGUUGAAGCUUGUUAGUCCUCUCAAUGAUUACUCCUUGUAGUACCCCUUGUAUCACUGAUUUGAUUUCCAGUACCUGUAAAUGAAUUUGAUCUCAUGGUGUUGUGUUUAAUGAUGAAUAAUGAAAUGUUGUAAAUUAUGUCAUAAAGAAUAUGGCUUUGGCUAUGCUUGCUUCUUUUAAAUAAACAAUAAAUACAAAUAAGCAUGAUCUAUAGGCCCUUAAUAAAAUACCUUAUUCAAGAGACCACAUAGAGAAAA